GAGUGGGAGGUAGGGGGGCCGAAAAUGGAAGGCUACCCAAGACUUUACCUACCAAUUUCUCCCACCUACACAUAAUACUUCCUAGCAUCACUGUCAAAUAAAAUACUAGUUUGCGUUGCAUUAGCGGAGGUGCCGUUAGAAUCCAAAGCAGUUUGGUAUCACCCACAGUGCUGACGCCCGAGUACCAAAUCGUCCGCAAUCACCUUGCACCACCUUGCAAAAACCCGGGCUCCUUGUACGAGCGCAAACCUCCUAGCCUAUCGUUUUUGCGCAGCAACAAUUAUGCGAUCGACCUGGCUGGGCUUACGUGUGUAAAAAAAAGGCUUGAGGGACAUUAGCUCUUCAGCCUUCUUCUUCCUCCUCCUUUCGUAAUCGCCUCAACUCCAUGAUCAAGAGACCGAAAGACAAAUAAUCGACUUUUAGCGCACCGUCGCGAUGGUGCUCAGAAAGAAAGAGGUAUAUACGGUUAUAACACCGAUCCCUACCUUCAUACCCCGCCAACUAGCCAUCGACAUUCUCCACAGCCACGGCGAAGUCAUCACGCUCAAUCCCCUCGUGCUCGAAUACAAGCAGAUCAAAGCACCUCGCAAUGCCGCCGCCGACGAGUAUUUCUCGACAUGGUACGAGAUCUCCGAGAGAAUACAGUAUGUCCCUGGCAUAGGGAAGCUAGGGUCGGGCAAACUCACUUUCAAUGGCUGCUUUCAUGAUUUGCCGUGGGGUUUGCAAACGCACAUUUACGUCCCGCUGGGCGUCGACCUCCGAAACAAGUAUCGCAUCGGAGGGAACCAGCCGGGUGUAGAACCUCCCGAGCCUCAGGAGAUGGGAUUGGCUGCGCUAGGCGCCCCGGCGGACGGGCUUUACCUGAGAGAGGAUAUCGAGAUUAGAUGUAACAUCACCAUGGUCGGCAUGGUGAAGGCGCAGAUGAAGGCGGCUAGCAAAGAGAUGGUGCAGAGGAUCAUCAAAAAGGCCGAGCUGUUAGACGCCGGCGUGUUGCAGGCUAUGAUCGAGGACGGAAAGAUGAAGACCUUCAAUCCAAACGACAGGACAUACACUGGCGGUUUGAACGCAGGGAUGAAAUCGCCACCGAUGUCGCCAGGAUCUCCGUUCCACCCGCCCAUGUCGCCCUCGAUACCAUACCAGGUACCACGACCAAUUUCCGUGCAGCAAGGGAGCAGGCCCGGGACCGCGAGCUCGCUAAGUUACCCGGCGCACUGGCAGCAGGCCCAAUUCCAACAAAUGAAUGGGGGAUACGACCAAAAUACUAGUAAGAUGAAUCAGCAGUAUGCCGAACUGCCGGCGAGCCAAGGCCCAAUUUCCAGCCCCAGCGGUCAGGGCUUCAUCAUGGAACUGCCAGGAGACUUCCACCACCCGCAAUCGUCGCCACACCUGCAACCGCCUCAACCGUCACCAACGCUCCCACACCACCAAGGCCGGAAUUCUCCCGCAUCGGUGCAGUCUCACUCGCCCGAGCUGAAAGCGUGGAGCUGGUCGCAAAGCCAGCCGAGCCCGUCGCUCAUGGGCUCGCGACCGACCUCGUACUCCUCGGACGCGAGCAGCGCCGGCUUCGCGUCGCCCGGACUGGAUCACAAGGGGUUCGCGGCCGAGUUACCUACGCACCAGGAGACUAUGGAGGAGUACCACCAUCAAAACCAAAACCAGGGCCGGAGUGCGUAUAGAUCGGACUCACGUGCUGGCCGGAGUUACGCUUACAACCCGGCGGACUAUGCGCCGAGUCGCCGGUGAUGAGAGAACGAGGCUACGAACAAAGGGCUUUGGGAAUACAUGGAUGUAUGGAUAGAUGGGGUCUUUACUGGGUACCUAAUGUCUACCUAGCUUUGGGCUUGGAUCGGUCUAAUGUGAUAUCAUGCACGGGUUUUGCGUCUGUCGAGACAACGCCUUUUUUGAUUCCAUUUGUCUCUUGUCCUUUUUUACUUGGACUGCUUGGAUUGGUAGUUGGGCGUUGUGUUGUUCUGUACGAGGGACUCUUAGGAGCGGCGAUGAUUUCUGAUUGUUUGCUUGGUCGGGUUACGCGACGAAAAGAAUCCGUUCCAUGUGUAUUGUCACAUCCAUACCCCGAAUCCAAUACUUUGUUUGUAUGUACGUGUGACCUCGUAACCUCGUAAGCUUAGAAGGCGUGCCAGGUACCGACGCUCGAUCUGCGUAAGAUUACUCUUCUUGUGCUGGGUUGCGAUAUUGCUUGCGUGUGCUUCUUAGCUUACGUUAGGAAACUAUUGUUCCUACGAAGACAAUAGAUCGCUUCUUAAGAGCUCACUAUCAACCCAGGUAGAUUAGCUUAAUGUCUCUUAUGAAGAACACUGUCAGUCAUGUCCGUCUAUUCUCAUGAAUCUAC